AUGCCGCACCUCGACCCAACUUCCGAGGCGUACGCUGCCCGCUACUACCGCCUCCUAGAGGUCCUCAAGACCGAGGGACUUGUCGAGCCGCGAUACGAUGCCAACAGUCCCGGAGAGUGGCUGGCUUGGGCCCACGGAGUCCGUUGGAUGAUUCGAUUCUUGUUCGAGUCCCGCAGCCGGGCCAUCCUGCUAGCGAACGAUACGCUUCCUGCUCCUAGGUCGUUCCCCGAGAUCGACGAGUUGAUGCGUUACCUCGACGAGGUCUUUCACCGCGAUGGCAACCAGGGGGACAUCCUAGGUUCGCCCUACCCUACGAUCGCGUGGUCCGAGACCUUGGUGCUGCUCGAACAAGUCAACCAGGCCGAACGUCGUCCUCUCGCGAACCCGCAGUAUCAGCGCGAGACGUUGAUCCUGUCCGACUUCCGCCAGCUGCCCGACAACCUCGAGUCCAUGGGUCGAGCGAUUCACAACAUCGCAGUCGACCAGCGCCGCACGCACAGCACCCUCGUCGGGUUGCUCGAAAGCCUGCUCGAGCGCGUCAACACUGACCGUAGCUUCGACGCCGGUCCGUCUUCACCCGCUUUCGCCCUCGCUCUCUCCCUAGCUCGCCUACCCGCUCGCCUGCCGUCUUGCUCACCCGUUAUUCCACUCGCCUGCUGUUUCACGCGCCCGCCGCUCCACUCGCCUGUUGUUCAAUUCGCCUGUCGCUUCCCUCGCCCGCCGUCCUGCUCACCCACCGUCUCGCUCUCCCUGUCGUCCCUCACACUUGUGUCCCUCUCGCCGCCCUACUUACCCGCUGUGUCGCUCACCCACCGUCCCGCAUGCCCGCACAAGUCCGUGCAUGACCCCCCAGACCCGCUGACCCGCGUAGCACCCGUACUCGCCGUGGCGGGUUUGUACCGGUGCUGGUAUGGGUCCGAGUCCGAGCCGUGCUCGGCGCUAGCUGCCAUGCACAAGCUCGAGAAGGAUCUAUCCUUUGAGUACGAACAUGGCGAGGAGCAUGGCCCGCCCACUAUACUUACACCCGCCUGA